AAAAUUGAAAUCAUAACAACGGCAACAUUCCAUUUAAAACACAAAUCUUAUGGUUACUAUUACUAAUAAUGAGUUGACAGAGACAGUAUAUAGCUCCGACUUCAUCACCCUCUUCCAAUAAUAUGUCUUGAAAGCCAUGGAAGCUCUGUGGAAUUUAGAAGACAAAUGGAAGCUCUCAACCCAACAAGCCUUCGUUCUCUUAACGUGCACGUUGGCCGCCGUCAUUGCCCUCUGUGCGGCGGCUUGGGCGAGGAAGAGAAAGGGGGAGAAGAAAGCCCACCGACGACGGACAGAUCAGAGGUGGUGGAAAUGGGCAGCGGAAAUUAGGUGGAAGGGGAGCGGCGGCGGCGGAGAGACGCCGGUGCGGCUUUUGGGCAAAGAAGAGGAAGGGGAAGAAUUGGGAAGCCGGAAUUCGACGGCGGCGGUUUGGCAACGGCCGAUAUUAAUGGGGGAAAAGUGUGAGAUGCUGAAGUACAGUGGGCUUAUUCUGUAUGACGAAAGGGGAAGAUUGCUGCAGGAUCAAAUUGCCGCCAUGGAAAAUGGUUACAAGGUGCUGAUCCGAAGGAGAAGGCAUAAAAGUAAAGACAAGGUUGAAGGAUCUACUUUGAUGCUCUUUCUCUACUAUGGGAAUCUUAAAAAAAAAAAGAGGUGUAAAAAUUAUACAAAGGGGUGAGCUUUUCCAAUGUAAUAUCCCUUUCUUCUUUUUGGAUAGAUUCUCUCCUAAUAACUUUUAUUUCUCUCUCUUUUUACA